GCAACAUGGCGCCGACGGCGUCGUUGCGUUCCCGCUCUAGGGGGAUGCCAGGAGUCGCCUCGCGCUGAGGGGGGGAUGGCGUGAGGCCCUGGCGGCGGCGGAGGGCGGCGAGGAGGCCCAGGCGGGCGAGGGAAGGCGCCCGCAGGUGGGAGAGCAGAAAAGGAAGGGGCCUGGGAUUUACCACAGUGCUGGUGGGGACUCAUUGCCCUUCCCAGUGCAUCUGCUUCUAGCCUCUUCUUCUCAGCACCCUGGACAUGUCUGAAUCAGCGUCGGUUCUCCUGGGAACCCAUCAUCAAGGGAUGCUCCAUUACGACAAGGACACCAGGCUUCUGAAUGCAGCAUUCUCCCUGCUUUGCUGAGCAGAGGAAAGCACUGGAUUCCCUCUUCCUUCCUUGCCCUGCCCGUAAUGGCGGAGAAGAGCACAUGCCGGGCUUUGAACUCCUCUAUCCGCAGCGAGGAUCUGUUGAGCGACAUGGAGCUCCUGCCAGCCUCAGCGCCCACAACCCCAGCACAGCAGGUGCCCCAUGCCCAGGCAGCCACCCCCUUUGCUUCCAAAGUAACUACGCAGCUGUAUACCUCCCUGCACCAGAGCCGCCAGGCUGAGGCUCAGGCACGCUCCCACCUCGACACCCAGCAUGGCUUGAGCCUGGCCAGGGAAACGGAGGCCCCUGAAGUAGACUUGGAGACCCUGGCAGAGGAACUGAGCCACAGGCUUUCAACCAGCGUGGAGGCCAGUUCUUACAGGAAGGGCAGUGGUAGGGAGCCUCACCACAUCUCAGAGAUGGAGAACGUGCGUUGCCACUUACAGAGUAUGCUCCGUAGCUCCAGGGAUGCUGUGCAUGGGGACAGCCUGGCUGCGAGAACCUUCGAGCGGAAAGAUGACGAUUCGUUUGAGAGUGACAGCACGGCUGCCCUCCUCAAUGCCCGGCCCCUGCAAGACGUCUCUCCACCCGGAUCCAUGGCAGGCUUUGAGGAGUUGUUUCCGCGCUACACAAGCCUUCGCCUGGGCCAGGUCCGUGAGCCGUCAUCCUACACUGAUACCCAUCUUCUGAAGGACACCUUGGACAAGGAACAGGCCCGGAGGAAGCACUGUGAGCGGCACAUCCAGGCCUUGCAGAACCGCCUCCUGGAGUUGCAGCAGCAGCUGGCCGUGGCCAUCUCAGCCGACAAGAAGAAAGACAGUAUGAUCGAGCAGCUGGACAAAACCCUGGCCAAGGUGGUGGAGGGCUGGAAUCGGCACGAGGCUGAGCAGACAGAGACCCUCCAUAGGCUGCGGACUGAGAAGGAGGCCGCAGUUCAGGCGCUGGGGAGGCACAAAGAGAAAAUGUUGGAGACGGAGCAGCAGCUCGAGCAAGCCUUGUCCUCCAUCAGCCGGGAGCAGCAAACGACCAGCCUGUAUCGCAGGGAGAAGGAGAUGCUGGAGGAGGAGAAGGCCUCUCUGUCCCACAGCCUGGAGGCGGAGGGUCAGCGGGUGCGCAACCUGGAGGCCGACUGGGAUCUGGAACGGCGGCAGCAUGAGGCACUGCGGGCCACCCUGGAGGAGCAGCAGAGGAGCUGGGCCCACCGCGAGAGGCAGCUGGAGCAGCAGUGCCAGGCCCUGCAGGAGGACAACCGUGCCCAACUGGACAAGGAGAAGGCAGCUGCCCAGCGAGAAGCUCAGAAGUCGUCCGAUGCCCAGCGUGUGCUGGCUUCAGUCCAGACAGAAGUGCAAGGCCUGGAGAGUGAACUGGAGGCCAUGCGCCGAGACCGGGACAGUCUGAAAAUGGAGAUGAGUUUGAUCAAGGCACGUUACGAGGCGCAGAAGGUGAAGCUGGAGUCGGAGAUGAAGGUGGUGUUGGAACAGCAGGUGGCAGAGCGGCUGGCCGAGGUUCACGAGGAGAGCUUGCGUCAGAUGAGCGCCAUGCGGGAGCAGCACAGGAAGCAGCUUCUGGAGCUAGGCAGCCAUCACGAGAAAGAGCUAGCCAGCCAGCUUGCCCAGUUCAAAUCUGACCUGGCAGAGAGGGAGGAGCGGCAGCAGCGACUCAUUGAGGACUAUGAGUCCAGGCUAUCCAAGCAGCAGGAAGAGAUGCGGGAGCUGCAGGCCAAGUGUCGGCGGCUGGAAACGCAGCGAGUGGAAAUGGCAAGCCAGUUCCAGGCCAUGAUGCAGGCACACUGGAACGAAGCCCUGCGCCUCUUUGCUUGCGUCUCUCCACAGUCGUGCACCAAGGAUCAGCGGCAAGUGAAGGAUGUGCCCUCUGAGCCAGGCCCUGAUUCAGAACGAGAGUGCCUUCAACUCUUGGAAUCUUUUAAGAAGGACCAGAAGGUGGAAUCCGUUGGAAGCAGCCAUGGCACAGGGGACUGCAAGGGGGUGGGAUGGGCCCAGGCUGUGCCCCUACAGCCUGUAGCUCAGCACAGCGGCCAGCAAGGGCCUUUGGAAGCAGCCGAGAAGUCCAUGCUGGGUCCCUACCGGCCCUUUCUGCCCCUGCUUCCUGACAUGGGGCGCUUCUCUUCAGAAUUCAGCCACAUCCUCAACUGCAGCAUCCUCAGCCAGCAAGGCUUCCAGCAGCUGGAGCCACAGAUGGACAACACGGGCACUGUUGCAGGCCUGACUUUCCACCCUGAGAACUUGGCAGAACACCCAUUCACUGAUGACACGGAUGAGACCCUCACCGAGGUGGUGGGCAGUGAUGGCGAGACCCCCCAGCACAGCAGUUUGGAGAGUGGAGGCCGGCCCCUCCAGCCGGACUUGCAACACUAUGUGCGCCUGCUGCUGGAGCAGUCUGCAAAUGAAAACUGUGCUCAGAAGCAGGAAGUGUUUUCAGGUGAAAACCCACCACGCCCCAUGGACCAGUCACAGCUGGGCACGUCUCUGUCCUACCACGAGCAGUCCACAGCCCUCUGGGAUCCUGUGCGAGCCCCUGUCAGCACUGUUCGAAUCCAGCCCUCCAGCAACGCUGCCGUCCAGAAAACCAAAGUUCCCUUGUCCAAAGCUGGGAUGGCUCACCCCAGCCUGGAGGCCACUGGCUCUCAGAAGCAGAAUCCUGUGCAUGAAGGGGGGAUCCUGUCCCCAAAACAAGUGGCUGAAGUCUCACGCCUCCUGAGGCAGUACCAGGCCAAGGGGAAGCCCGUACCUUCUACGGAAGAGUUGUACGGAUAUUUGCACAGCUCAGAAAUGAAAAGUGAUGGGAACGUGCUCACACGCCGGAGCUUUGAUCCCAGGUUGGCAGAAGCUGCGAGGAGAGAGGUGGCAUCCACACGGCGGAUGGGGCUUAGUCGGGAGAAGCCUCGUGCUGCCCCCAAAACUGGGAAGAAACUGGCGGCUGUGCCAACCUCCAAUAUUCGCACCAGCAGGGGAGGAAGUGUGUGGAGAUGAUCUUUCUGUUGUUAGACUGUCCCUCCUUACCCCAGUUAACCCAUUUUUAAGUGCCUGGUCUGGUUGGAUGUCUGUGGGGAAUUGCUGCCCCAGCACCAUUCUCUACUAUUUCCCCCAACUCGGAGUCUAAUAUUUGAGUAAUCUGUGGCAGUUCUGUUCAGUGAAGACUUCUAGAUGACAGACUGGGUUUCUCUUGCAGUUCACCUGCUUUUUGAUUUCAGGUUGUAUGUGUUUGGACGGGGGCUGUUUUUCAAAGAACGAGGUGGCAAAUGCUUCCUUGUUUUGUUGUGACCCCCCUCUCUACAUCUGAAUGCUUUGUUCUGAGUGUGCUUUGUUUAGACACACUUGGGUUUGUUGGUCCUUUGCACAGUUAAAUUAUUUUUGUAUCAUUAUCAUUGCUUUCUAAAUAAAAUUAAUGUUGGGUGA